AGGGCCCUCAACUCCAAGAAUCGAGAAUCAGGCUGCGCUAAUGGUCCAACAAGAUUUUCGCUUCUCUUCGAUGAGAGACUUGAGAGUUUUCCUCUCAUUCAGUAUCUUGCCGGCACGUGAGAAAAGUCAAGAAGGCCGCGGACACGCUUUGCGAUUGUUUCGCUAAUCGCCGGCAUUUGUUCGCACGCCAACUUUUUGAUUGAGCGCCUUUGAGACGAGUGUGGCUUUUUAUUUGUUAAUUCAUAUCUGAUGUUUGCGGUUUCUGUUUUUUUGUCGGUGGCCAAAACAUUCAGUGGUGAAACCGCGGGUUGUCGAAUGGCUUUUUGAUGGGAUUUUCUGAAAUGAUGGAAAAGAACGAGUUCGUGCGUACUCCAUUUUCAUCAAUCAACCGUAACAAGGACCCGUUUUAGUGAAUGUGGAAGGUAAAGAAGAGGUGCCCCAGGUGUAAAGGCCACAUCCUGGUGGCGGUCCUCUUUUGCUGGAUGUUGGCCAAUGUGAAGGCCCAAGUGGAGGUUCGCGAUUUUGUUUCAGUUAACACGCUCAGUGAUGGUGAGGUCGAGACCAGGAUCUUUUACAAAGGAGUGGCCGCCAAGGAAACAUCUGUUGGCAAACGAUCAAGCAAACGAUUGUCGUUUCGGCAACUGAGCGACAGCAAACAUAUCAUCGAGCUAAUUUAUGACGAAAACUCUGCUCUAAUCGAUUGCGAGUUUGGUCAUCAGAAAGAGCGAGUGAAAACGUUCCUACGCAGCUUUAGAGACGAUCUGAAAGGAUUAGUGAAUAGUGCCAAUAUUAGCUUACAGCCCUUGGAUGAUGGGAAAUUGCCCCCGGAGUAUGGGUGGCUGAAUUAUACCGAGCUAAGAAAGGAGUGCCAUCAGACGCACUUGAUGACGAAGAAAGAGAUGGAUCAAGUGCAGGACUCAAAAAGAAUCGACCUUUUCGAAAGAUCCAAACGAGAUAUAUCCGACAUCUUUCGUGUUCCAGGAACGAAAUGGUGCGGAAAAGGAUACUCGGCAGACAAAUACACCAGACUCGGAGGGUUUUCGAAAACUGAUAGAUGUUGCAGAAAGCAUGACCUGUCUUGCCCCUUUUGGAUUGGGGGGUUCGAAACGAAGUAUGGACUCUUCAAUUGGAGGAUAAACACUCUAAUGCAUUGCAAUUGCGAUGAAAGAUUUCGUGCGUGUUUGAAAACAGUGGGCACCAGUGACGCAAAUCUUGUAGGAAAAUUGUUCUUCAAUGUUGUUCAAACCAAAUGUUUCGUGUUGAAGCCGAAAAAACGAUGCGUGCGAACUUCAUGGUGGGGCAAUUGCGAAAAGCACAAAAUGGUCAAACAGGCUGUUAUCAAGAAUAACAGACGAUUCUAAAUCGAUUCGAUGUGGUGCCGCAGAGAGAACAAACAAUCAAAUGUAAAAUUUGUAGAAAUAUUAUGUUAAAUAGAGUUAAGAAUUAGGUAAUGAAAUUGGUAAUAAAUAGAUUAAUUAUUGUCA